UUAAAAUUAUUGUUGUUUAUUUACAAAUGUUAUUAAACUAAACCAGAAAUGUAUUUUAAAUAAUACUAAUAAUAAUAGCGAUAUAUUUUACAAACCCUUAUGCACACUUAAAUUUUACAAUUAAAAUUAGCUUCAAGCUAAUUAAGUUCCUUUGAAGUACUCAUACAUAUCAUUAAUUAACUCUAUAUUUUUUUGAAAUGUUGCAAAUUUCAAAUAAGAUAACAAUACUUAAAUAUGGAAUAUUGACGUCUACACAAAAUCACAAUAGGGAAUAACAUGAUAUUAAAGUGUAUUAUAAGGAUUAAGCUAUCCCAAAGUGAUUCUUAAUCAGUACUUAUAGUAGUGUAACAUAAUUUCACCCAGAUUUUUUUAAGAAUUAUGAAAUAAAAUAAUAAACACACAAUUACACACUUUUGUUAUCUUAUGAAACCAUGUUAGUCUCAUAUUCCAAUCCUUUAGAAAUUGGGUUGGUAUGAGUGUUUAAAAAUUAGAGAUUUCUGCCUCUAUAUUUUUUUUUCUUUAAUUAAAAAUUUCAUUAACUGUCUCAUUAUUGCUGUUGUUUUGCAUGGUGACAUCUGUGCGGAAUGAUUUAUGGUGAUUUUCUUUACUUAGGUGCCAGGUAAUUAAACUUCAUUAAGUGACAUAGAGAUAUUAUUAUAAUAAAAUGAACAUUGUCAAAAACAGAAUACCAUUCAUUUUCCUUUUCACAGAAAACGAACCAAUAGAUGGCGCCACGAGAUUAAGAACUCUCUAAGAACAAUAGUUUUUAGUUAGUUUAAUUUUGUUACUGUCGUUGGAGACAUCAUGUUGUUAUUGUAGUUUUUAGUGCUGUUAAUUAUACACAUGUUAACCAUUCGAAGGAGUCUCUUAUUGAGUUUGUGGUCACUCAUUUGAUUUUAUUUAGGUACUUUCCGACCCGGGUAGAAGAACAAGGUAAGAAUCUUAUUAUUUGAUACCUGUUCUAUUGAAGUAGAUAAAGAAAAUUGUUAUCUUUUUCAACCUGGCAUCCCAGGCGGCACUAUCGGUUCGUAUUUUAAUAAAAUAAGAACUAUUAUUAUAAAUUAUAAAAAUAAAGGGACACUAGAACUGAAAAUACUGUGAAUAAUAAUAGCUCUAAAAUGACCACAAACAUUGAGCUCCUUAAAAAGAAACGCACUACGUUAAGAACAUCAGUUACUAAGCUAAUUUCAAAGAUAGAAUCAGAAAUUCAAAAAAACGAAAUAACUGAUGAAGAAACUGAAAUUGAUCUAAUUAUUGAACAAUUAAAUGAUAAAUUCGAGUCUCUCAAAACAGUUGAUUCUGAAUUAGAAAAUCUGUUUAAACCUGAGGAUUUAGAUAAAGAAUUAGAAACUGCAGAAGAAUACCGUGAAAAGAUAGUAACGUGGAGAUUUAAAGCUAAUAAAUAUUUGCGUAAUUUGAAUCAAAAGAAAAAUAUUCGGGAACCUCUCAAUUUUCCCCAACAUAUAGCUCCUACUACUAAUCGCGAAGUGGAAGUAGAAACGAAACCAGAAAUGCUGAAUAUAAAAUUACCGAAGAUAGUAAUCCCGAAAUUUUCGGGAAAUAUAAGUGAUUGGCUCACUUUCUGGAACUCUUUCGAAACAUCGAUACAUAAGAACAAAUCGUUAGAUGAUGUCAGUAAAUUUAACUAUUUAAAAGCUCAUCUAUGUGGAACAGCUUUAGAAACGAUAGGAGGUUUUGCUAUUUCCUCAGAAAAUUAUGUUAAAGCUAUUGAUUUGCUAGAACAGCGCUUCGGAAGAAAAGAAACAUUGAUAAACAACCACAUGAGUCAAUUAUUAGAAAUUACCCCUUUAAAGCGUUCUGGUGAUGUAAAAAAUUUUCGGCAAUUAUUUGAUAAAAUACAAAUCCAUAUAAGAAGUUUAGAAUCGUUAGGUAUUUCGUCAGAUACUUUUAGUACUUUAUUAUCCCCCGUAAUACUUAAGUCAAUCCCAAACGAUUUAUUAUUUGAAUUUAAUAAAGAAUUCGGAGAAAAAUAUUCUUUAACUGUUUUGAUUAAUUUUUUGAAUAAGCAGUUGAUAGCUAAAGAAAAGACUGAUUUAAUGAGAGUGAAAGAAAAACAAAAUUCGCCGCCGAAUAUUAAUGAAGUUAGUUGGCGUCACCACAAAAGGGGGGAGCGGGAAGUGAAAUAUGAUGGCGAAAGAAAUCCUACUGCCAAUGAAUUAUUUGUUUAUGAUUCUACAUCUAAAGCAAGGUCGUGUCCGUUUUGCGGUGAGUUAAAUUGUUCUGGUUUAAAUUGUGAAUAUGGAAAAGUUUAUCUUUAGAUAAAAGAAAAUCGAUUUUAUUAAAAAAGGGCAUUUGUUUUAGAUGUCUUGGGAAAAAUCACAUGAGCUCAAUGUGCAGGGCAAAGGUUAAAUGCUCUCAUUGCAAUAAAAGACACGUUGAAAUUAUGUGUUUUCAGGAUAAUAAAUAUUCAAAAAAUGAAAAACCAGAAAUAAUAGAAAAUACCACAUUUUCGACUAAUAACUGUUCGCGGGAAGUUUAUCUUCAAACUUUAACAGUAUGCAUUAAAGAAAAUAAUUUGAAACACUUAAUAAGGGUAAUAAUCGAUCAAGGUAGUCAGAGAUCAUAUGUCACGAAAUUUGUUGCGGGAAAAAUGGGUUUAAAAGGGUUCGGGAAAGAAUCCGUGAAUCAUGGAUUAUUCGGUGGAAUUGAACAUACUGAAAUGCAUCAAAAAUAUUGUCUAAACUUAUCAAAAUGUUGAUGGAAGCUAUAAUUGUGAGUUAGAGGUUUUAGAUGAGAAAAAGAUUUGUGCUUUACCCAAAAUGAAUGAUGCAUAUUGUUUAAACGAAUUAAAAGAUCUGGGUAUUUAUAUUAGUGAUACGAUGAUUAAUGAUAGAUCCUGUUUAUAUGAAAGAGAUUCUGGCGAGAUUCAUUUGCUCAUUAGAGCUGACUACGCUGGAAAGAUAUUGACGGGAAAAGUAAAACACCUUAAGGGAGAUUUGGUUGCUGUACACACUUUGUUAGGGUGGACAGUAAUGGGUAAAUAUGAGGUAGAGGGAACAUCUACAACUAGCUCAAUGUUAGUAUUGUCAUUGCAUGUAAAUAAUGCAAAAAUUGAAGAUCUCUGGAAUUUAGAUACCUUGGGUAUUAAAGAUAGUAGUGAAAAACGCUCUAAAACACAGACCCAAGAACUUGCUUUGAAACAUUUCAGAGAAACUGUUAGUAGAGACAGUACGGGCAGAUAUACGGUUAAUUUACCCUGGUUAGAUGGUCACCUCCUUUACCCGAUAAUGAAGAGUUGACUUAUAAAAGACUAAAAUACACAGUUAAAUCCCUUAAAUUAGCGAAUCGGUUAAAUGAUUAUCAAGAGGUUUUUAACCAAUGGGAAAAAGAAGGUAUAAUAGAGCAAGUUAAUGAGGGUAAUGAUUAUUCUAAAAGCUUUGGAAUACAUUAUUUGCCACAUAGGGCAAUUUUUAAAGAUAAUUCAACCACUAAAGUACGUCCUGUUUUUGACGGAUCAGCUAAAACCAAAAACUCCGUAUCAAUAAAUGAAUGCAUAGAAAAGGGCCCAAAUCUCAUAGAAAUUAUCCCAGCUGUAUUAAAUAGGUUUAGAUGGGGAAAGAUCGGAGUAAUAUCGGAUGUCAAACAGGCAUUUUUACAAAUACCUCUUAACGAAUCUGAUAGGGAUUGUUUACGAUUCAUGUGGUUGAAAGACGGAGAUCCUCAAAAGAUAAUUACAUAUAGACAUUGUAGAGUAGUAUUCGGAAUAUCAUGUAGCCUCUUCUUACUUGCGGCUGUUCUGAAUCAUGUAUUAGAUCAGGUAGAAGAGCCAUUGAAAAGUCUUGCAGUGAAGAUCAAAGAUUCUAUGUAUGUUGAUAAUUGCAUUGCAAGUGUAGACUCAGUUUCAGAAUUGGAACAUUUUAGAUCUGAAUCUCAGAGAAUUCUGAAAGCUGCUAAAUUUGAUUUACGUGGCUGGGAAAAUAACAACCUACUUGAAAUGAACGAAUUUGUGCAAGAUAAUCCCAACUGUGAAAGGGAAGUGUCAGUAUUAGGCCUAAAAUGGGACAAGCAAAAUGACACUUUAUCCUGUGAGCUGGUUAAAGAAGAAAACAAUAGUGAACCAGUUACCAAGAGAAAAAUCCUAUCUAUGGCACACCAGCUGUUCGAUCCUAUAGGGUUCACUUGUCCUAUAACGUUGAUCCCGAAACUUCUUCUAUAAGAAUGCUGGAAGAUUGGAAUUUCUUGGGAUUCAAAAUUGCCCGACGAAAUAAUUAAGAGAUUCGAAAAAUGGAAAGAAGAAUUAAAAGAAUUGAGCAACUUCAAAAUUCCUCGUAGACUUUCAAACUUAAAUCUUUCUAAACCAAGCUUAACACUUCAUAUCUUUUGUGACGCUUCCAUGGUGGCAUAUGCGACUUGCAUCUUUUUGAGGGCGGAAAGGGAUGGAAAAGUCACUUGCCAACUUAUUCAAGCAAGAUCUAGAGUUGCCCCAUUGAAAAAAGUGUCGAUACCAAGAUUAGAAUUACUUGCAUGUAACAUUGGAGCUAGAUUGGCUGAUACAGUAAAAAAGGAUUUAAGAUUGGAAGAUAUUGAAACAUUUAUUUGGAGCGACUCCAUGGACGCACUUUAUUGGAUAAGGAAAGAAGGCCCUUGGACGAUUUUCGUAUCCAAUCGAGUUGACGAAAUUAGAAGACUUUCAAAAGCUAGUGACUGGAAGUUUGUUCCGGGAACCCAAAAUCCAGCGGAUUUGCCUUCAAGAGGUUGCACAGUUAAAACCCUAUUGAAGAGACAAUGGCACGAAGGAACAUCUUGGCUUAAAGAAUCAAGAGAAAACUGGCCUAAUUUUGAUCUAGUUCCUGAUGAAAAAAUAGUGUAUGCCGAGAAGAAGAAAAUCAUUGUAUCAUCUUUAAAUAUGAAAGAUGACGAAUUUUACAACAACAUAUCAUCCUACAAGAAAAUAAUCAGAAUUACAGGCUGGAUAUAUAGAUUUUUUGAAAAUUCCAGAGCAAGCAGUAAGAAAA